CCCGCCUGGCUCCGUCCUCUUCCGGUUACGGCGACAGCAGGUAUGGCGGCUCCUGCCUUCCUCUGAAACAUUAUGGUUUAAUAAUCCACUGCAAUCCCACGUUUUAGAAGCAAAUCUGGUCGAUUUAAACUUCAAGAUGGUGCAGCGCCUGACUUACCGUCGUAGGUUGUCCUACAACACCGCCUCCAACAAAACCAGACUGUCCCGGACGCCUGGUAACCGUAUCGUGUACCUGUACACCAAGAAAGUUGGCAAAGCCCCCAAGUCAGCAUGUGGCAUCUGCCCAGGAAGACUGCGUGGAAUUCGGGCUGUUAGACCUCAGGUUCUGAUGAGGCUCUCCAAGACCAAGAAGCACGUCAGCAGGGCCUACGGAGGCUCAAUGUGCGCCAAGUGUGUGCGUGACAGGAUCAAGCGUGCUUUCCUGAUUGAGGAGCAGAAGAUCGUCGUCAAAGUGCUCAAGGCACAGGCACAGAGCCAGAAAUCUAAGUAAAAUGUGUAUUUGUAUUGCCACAAUAAAAAAUUGACAAACAAAUCCA